GGGGUGAGAGCAGAAGCGGCCGUUGGGAGAGGCGUUUCGCGCCUGAAGUGGCCGGCGCCGCCGCCGCCGAACAAUGGACGAGCCUAUGGCGGGAGCAGGGCCCACCCCGGCCGGUCCUGUCGCCAUGGGUGGGGAAAACGAGGCUGAAAGCCGGCAAGGCCCCGCGGACCGGGCCGAAGGAGAGUCGCGGCUCAACCUGUUGGACACUUGCGGGGUGUGCGGCCAGAACAUCCAGAGCCGGCGGCCCAAGCUGCUGCCGUGCCUCCACUCGUUCUGCGUGCGCUGCCUACCCCCUCCGCAUCGCUACCUCAUGCUGCCGCCCCCCGCCGCACCUUCGCCGGGCGCCGGCGGCCCCAAAGACCCGCCGCUGCCUCCGCCGCCGCCUUUGCUUCAGCCUUCCCCGGCUCCCUCGUCGCCCGUCGCCACGCCGCCCUCGCCGCUGCACUGCAACCCGGUUGGUGUUGUUCGUUGCCCAAUUUGUGGCCAGGAAUGUGCAGAAAGACACAUUAUCGAUAACAUAUUUGUGAAGGAUACUACUGAGGUUCCUAGUAGUACGGUGGAAAAAUCAAAUCAGGUUUGUACAAGCUGUGAAGACAAUGCAGAAGCCAAUGGUUUUUGUGUGGAGUGUGUUGAAUGGUUAUGCAAGACCUGCAUACGAGCUCAUCAAAGGGUGAAAUUCACAAAGGAUCAUACAGUCAGACAGAAAGAGGAAGUAUCUCCAGAAGCUGUUGGUGUAACUAAUCAGCGACCUGUGUUCUGUCCUUAUCACAAGAAGGAGCAACUAAAGCUUUAUUGUGAAACUUGUGACAAGCUGACAUGUCGGGAUUGCCAGUUGCUGGAACACAAAGAACACAGGUACCAGUUUAUAGAAGAAGCUUUUCAGAAUCAAAAGGUUAUUAUUGACACAUUAAUUAUGAAGCUGAUGGAGAAAAGCAAAUAUAUAAAAUAUACAGGGGAGCAGAUUCAAAAUAGGAUUCAUGAAGUGAAUCGGAAUCAAAAGCUGGUGGAACAGGACAUUAAAGUUGCUAUUUUCACAUUGAUGGUAGAAAUAAACAAAAAGGGGAAAGCUCUACUCCAUCAGCUUGAGUGUCUAGCUAAAGAACACCGAAUGAAGCUUGUACAGCAACAACAGGAAGUGGCAGGUCUUUCUAAGCAACUGGAACAUGUCAUGGACUUUUCUAAAUGGGCUGUCGCCAGUGGUAGCAGCACAGCAUUACUGUACAGCAAACGCCUAAUUACAUAUCGAUUAAGAUACCUCCUUAGAGCAAGGUGUGAUGCCUUACCAGUGUCUAACACCACCACCGUGUUUCACUGUGAUCCUAGCUUCUGGGCCCAAAAUAUCUUCAAUUUAGGUUCUCUGGUAAUUGAAGAUAAUGAGACCCCACCACACAUGCCUAAAAGCCCUGUGAUGGAACCAAACAUACAGCCACAAAGUGGCUUACCUUCAAAUCAACUAUCCAAGUUCCCAACACAGAUCAGUUUAGCUCAACUGCGACUUCAGCACAUGCAGCAGCAGGUCCUCGCUCAGAGGCAGCAGGCUCAACGGAGGGCAGGUCCUGUGGGGCUCCCAAAUCCUAGAAUUGCAGGGCCCAUGUACCAGACUCCACCACCACCACCACCACCUCCUCAGCAGCCACCUCCACGUUUGGUUAACUUUCAGAAUCACAGCCUCAAACCCAAUGGCUCUGUUCCUCCAGCUCAGCCAAUGAGGUUUCCUCAAAAUCAGAAUAUACCACAGUCAGCUGUACGGCCCAAUCCACUACAGAUGGCAUUUUUGGCACAGCAAGCUAUUAAACAGUGGCAAAUCAACAGUGGACAUGCUUCUACUGCUCCCUCAAAUGCCAGCAGUACAACAUCCACUCCCUCCAGUCCUACCAUAAAUAGUGCUGCUGGAUAUGAUGGGAAAACACCUGUUCCACCUAUGAUUGAUCUGUCCUCAACAAUGGGUGGCUCCUAUACACUGCCUUCUCUUCCUGAUAUUGACUGUGCAGGAAGCAUUUCACUGGAAAGCAUUGGGAGGAGAGAGGGAAUUGUUGAGCAGAGCCAACCCAAACCUCCUUCACGCAAAACUGUCCAGUCCCCAAAUUCGUCAGUGCCAUCUCCAGGCCUUUCAGGUGCGGUUGUCCAUCCUCCAAUUCGUUCACCCAGUGCCUCUAGUGUUGGAAGUCGAGGCAGCUCUGGCUCUUCUAGCAGACCAUCAGGUGCAGAUUCAACCCAGCGAGUCCCUGUGGUCAUGUUGGAGCCUAUCAGAAUAAAACAAGAGUCUGGUGUGCCAAGUGAACACUAUGAUUUCCCUGUUGUAAUAGUGAAGCAAGAAACAGAUGAAGAAUCCCGGAAGCAAAACACUAGGUUUUCAGGAAAUUUACUUACCUCAAUGUUGUUGAAUAACAAUCGCAAUCGCUCAUCUGAAGCAACCGUCUUGAGAACAGAAGCACCAGACAGUACAGGUGACCAACCAUCCAAUGGCAAGGCAGCAUGGAUAGGGACACCUCAUGUUGGAGAAAGCAGGAAAGAUGAUGACCCCAAUGAGGACUGGUGUGCAGUGUGUCAGAACGGAGGAGAGCUUUUGUGUUGCGAUAAAUGUCCUAAAGUGUUCCACCUUUCUUGUCAUGUUCCCACACUCAGGAAUUUUCCAAGCGGAGAAUGGAUUUGUACAUUCUGCCGUGAUUUGUUCAAGCCAGAAAUGGAAUAUGAUUGUGAUGGCCCAAGUCAUGUGAAUGAAGAAAAAAGAAAACUAGAAGGCAAUAUGGGAUUGGCACCUAUGGAUCAGAGGAAGUGUGAAAGAUUACUACUGUACCUUUACUGCCACGAAAUGAGCCUUGCUUUUCAAGAUCCAGUCCCUCCCACGGUGCCUGACUACUACAAAAUAAUUAAGAAGCCAAUGGACUUGUCAACCAUCAAAAAUAGAUUGCAACUACAUCAUCCAUUGUACACAAAACUAGAAGAUGUUGUAGCUGAUUUCAGACUGAUCUUUCAAAACUGUGCUGAAUUUAAUGAGCCUGAUUCAGAAGUGGCUGAUGCUGGCAUGAAACUGGAAGCUUAUUUUGAGGAACUCCUGAAGAACCUUUUUCCAGAAAGAAAAUUCCCUGCCCAGCCUUAUUGCCGUGCUGAUAGAGAUAGUCCCAACUCAACAGAUGACUCUGAUGACGAGUUUGUACAGCCACGGAAAAAACGUCUCAAAUGGGAAGAACGCCAGUUUGUAAAAUGAACUGGAUAUAGGCACUGCUAAAGAUUUUUUUUUUCAUAAAUAUUUAUCAACAUUCA